AAAUGGAAAAUAAAUAAAAAGGAUGAACACGAACGGUGAAGUGGUCACCAUUUUCAUUGGUCAAGCUGGAACUCAAGUGGCAAGUGCUUGUUGGGAAUUAUUCUGCCUUGAACAUGGUCUGAGACCUGAUGGUUUUCUUCAACGGGGAUACAGUCCUAUCGACGAAUGUUAUCAUACGUUCUUUGGACCCACCCAGACAGGAAAAUAUUCGCCUCGUACUGUGAUAGUGGAUUUAGAACCAAGUGUGGUGGACGAGAUCAGAAUAGGUGUUUACAGAAAUCUUUUUGAUCCUUCAUCAUUAAUAACUGGGAAGGAAGAUGCAGCGAAUAAUUUUGCAAGAGGAUAUUAUUCGAUCGGCAGAGAGAUAAUCGAUCUUGUUCUAGAUCGUAUUCAAUCCACCUGCGAAGCUUGUACUCGAUUAACCGGAUUCAUUGUUUUCAGAUCCUUUGGUGGUGGGACUGGUAGCGGGUUAACUACUUUAUUGCUAGAAUAUCUCAACAGAGAUUAUAGUAAAAAAUUAAAAUUAGAUUUCGCCGUUUAUCCAGCACCAAACAUAUCCACGGCAAUCGUCGAAUCUUAUAAUUCCAUAUUGACAACUCAUGGGACUUUAGAUCAUGAGGAUUGUUGUUUCAUCGUAGAUAAUGAAGCUUUAUACGAUAUUUGUGCGAGGAAUUUGAAUGUGAAGAAUCCAACUUAUACGAAUCUCAAUCGAUUGCAAGCUCAAAUAGUAUCGAGCGUAACAGCGUCAAUGAGAUUCGAAGGAUCUGUUAACGUUAGCUUAGAGGAGUUGCAGACGAAUUUAGUACCCUUUCCAAGAAUUCACUUUCCUUUGGUAACUUACGCUCCUAUAACGACACCUGAAAGAGCAAUUAAUACAUUGAUGUCCGUUAAACGAAUUACAUACGAUUGUUUCGAGCCUGCCAAUCAAAUGGUCAAAUGCGAUCCUCGUACGGGUGCUUACAUAAGUUGCUGUUUGCUUUACCGCGGCGACGUAAGCCCAAGUGAUGUUAAUAAGACCAUUGCUAGUUUAAAGGGUAAAAGGUUCAUACAAUUUGUUAGUUGGAACCCAACAGGAUUUAAGGUAGGAAUCAAUUAUCAACCGUCCACGACGGUUCCUGGCGGUGAUUUAGCCUAUUCCGAAAGAACUGUAGCAAUGUUAUGUAAUAACACUGCAAUCCGACACGCUUGGACGAAAAUUGGACGGAAAUUUGACUUGAUGUAUCGGAAAAGAGCUUUUGUCCAUCACUACGUUGGUGAAGGUAUGGAAGAAAAAGUCUUUCAAGACGCUAUAGAUGAUACUGCUGCGCUUAUCGAGGACUACAAAGAAGUCGAGUCAUAAUAGCUCAUAAUAGCUCAUAAUUAAUGAAUAAAUAGCUAAAAUAUAUUCAAUUUUCAUCCAGUUGAAUAAUUUAUUUGUGCGAAUAUUUUCAAGUACAAACUUGCGUCCUUAUUUCACAUUCUUCUGAUCUCGCUUGUACCUGCAUAUAUUUUUAACUCUUUCUUCACAAAAG